ACUCUAGAAAUCCCACCCUACAACUGGCAUGGAUCGCGGAGAGAAACAAUCAAAAUAGGCAAAACGUCGCUUGGGUGAAAGCCAGGGCGUGUCUCCUGGGAACUGCAUGCUGGGAGUUGCGUCUCAUUUUUCCUGCCUGGGGGGCGCUCGGCUGCCAGCUUCGGGGCCGCGCGCUGAUUGGCUCCUUGGGAAACAGCCGGGACCUCCUGUUCAGGCCGGUUGGCGUCCGCUCCGCUGCGUCGGUGUCCAACGCUGCGUACUUUUCUUGUUUGGAUACUUAAAGAAGAUUACUUGAAGACUGCUUUUGGAAUCAGGUAGUAUGGAUCCAAGCAGUGACUACCAUUUCCUCAACCAGAUUUUGUGGAGAAGAGUGAAACUCACAUUGAUUUGUGGCAUCUUUGAGGGAGUGCUUCAGCAUGUGGACCCUAACAAGAUUAUUGUCCUAAAGAAAGUGAAGAAUAUGGAGACUGGUCGAAGUGUCCCAGGAGUGAAGAUGUUUUUUGGACAUGAGAUUGUGAAUGUGGAACUACUGGAUGAAGUGGAACAAGGUGCAGUGAGAGAAAUGGCAUCUUCUGUCAGUUUAAAUACAGAAAGAGCCAGGAUGGAAAAAAUGAAAGAUGAAGACCUAAAUGUAUAUAAGCCUUCUUCUACCCCUGAGGCACCAACCACCUCUCUGCUGAAUGACCUCAAGUACAGCGCAUCAGAGGAAGAGGAGAUAUCAUACAUAGUCAUUGAUCAGUUCCAGCAGAAGUUUGGUGCUGCAAUGCUCCACAUCAAGAAGCAAAGUGUACUGAGUGUAGCAGCAGAAGGAGCUAAUGUGUGUCGUCAUGGGAAACUGUGUUGGCUUCAGGUAGCCACAAAUAGCCGAGUUUACUUAUUUGACAUUUUGCUUCUGGGAAGUCGCGCUUUCAACAAUGGACUUCAAAUGGUAUUAGAAGACAAAAGAAUUUUGAAGGUUAUCCAUGAUUGUCGUUGGCUUUCUGACUGUCUCUCUCAUCAGUACGGGAUUUUACUGAAUAAUGUCUUUGACACACAGGUAGCAGAUGUCCUUCAGUUUUCCAUGGAAACAGGUGGCUUUCUUCCAAACUGCAUCAGUACUUUACAGGAGAGUUUAAUCAGACACCUUAAAAUAGCCCCUAAAUAUCUCUCCUUUCUGGAAGAAAGACAGAAACGGAUUCAGGAAAACCCAGAAAUUUGGUUCACACGACCUCUUUCACCUUCUUUACUAAAAAUUUUGGCUCUGGAAGCUACCUACCCUCCCCUUCGCUUGGUACUUCUGGAUGAAAUGAUGUCUGACCUAACCACCCUUGUGGAUGGGUACCUAAAACACUACCGAGAAGGGUCUGCAACGCGGCUGGGCAGCAUGAGGUAGCCUGCAUGUAUGGAGCUUCCACAGGAACUGCUUCAACUCAAGGACUUCCAGAAGCAGCGCAGAGAGAGAGCUGCAAAAGAAUAUAGAGUAAAUUCGCAGGGACUCCUAGUAAGGACAGUACUACAGCCAAAGAAAUCUGUGACAGAGACAGCAGGGAAAGUAAAAUGUUCCUUGCUUUGUAAAAAUUCUAGGCUAGAUAAAGCUCCAACUUUUACAUCUCCUGAGGAUGUAAAUUUGCUAAAAGAAGAAUUGAAGAGCAAACAAACCAUAGCAGAACCUCAACAUCUACCUCCCAUAAAGGAAGAGACCAGUGAGGAUUCCAGUAACAAACUCUGCCCUGAGUCAGAGGGGUCGAAGGACCAGCGAGUAACUAAAAAAGAACUCUUUAAGAUAGCUAAACAAGAAUUUCAGACAAGUUUGUCUUUGAAAGAAGAGCUAGAACGAUUACUGAUGGUGGAAAAGGAGGAGGAUCUGAAAUGUGCAAAACAAGAUGUUUCAGUGUCUCGUUCCCUUCCUCAGGAAACCAGAGUGUCUCCAAGUGACAUCUUUCAUCCUUUUAGAAAAGCUGUGCUUCCCACACUUCCUCCUUGCCCAGCUUUGGAGAAGACAGAUUCCUGGAUAAAUCCAGAUUCUCUCAAUCUGCCUUAGAGUUCUGCAGUUUGUUCUUGAGGCCAAUAAAGUUGGCUUAUUUCCUCUGCCAUCAGGGCCUUCCUCAGUGCUUAGGUUUCUCAUAUUGUAAAUUUGGUUUUGCCUCAGUCACAGUCUUCAGGGAAAAUUAUAGUCUCUUGCUUGCUCCUCUGUUCCUGGAAUUUGAUUAGGAAUGGAAUAAAUACGUUAAUUAAUGGAAGAACUGAAUUUACUGAUUAUGUCACUGUAUAGAAUUGUUCCCUGUGGCCAAACUGAAUUGUUUCUCAUAAUUUGGCUUUAAAUGGUUUGACGAAGGGAAAAAUAUUGGACUUAGCAUCUGAAAGAAUCUAUACUUUAAAAUUUUUGUUGUUUUUUCUGGUUUGAAGGGGAUUGGUAAAACUCUCAGCCAUAAGUUUAAAAAAAUUGGUACCUGACAACUUUCCAGUACUUUUUUC